AUGGAGCAAAUUACAGAAAAUAAUACAAUUGAACGGCCUAAAACUUUUGAAUACGUACAGUUUCAUCAAGAAUCUGGAUCUGCAUCAUCGAUUACAUUGUCUGAAGAUUUGCGGUUUUGGCUAUCUGAAAAUAGCAUCUCGCAACAAGCUGCGAAUAAAUUAAUAGGUAUUUUCCGUAACCAUGGACAUCAAAACGAACUGAAGAAAGACGUUCGUACUUUGAUGAAAACUCCUCGUGAUGUGACAGGGAAGAUUGUUAAUGGCAAUGGGGGAUCUUACUUCCAUUUUGGGAUCACCCAUGGAUUAACUCGCUCAAUAAAUAAAUAUUAUAAUGUUUGCCCUGCGACCAUAUUGAUUCAACUAAAUUGCGAUGGUAUGUCUUUCAGUAAAUCGUCUAGCAGUCAAUUUUGGCCUCUGCUGGCCGCAAUUAAGGCUGAUUUUUACUCUGAACCGGUCUUAGUUGGACUUUUCCACAGAUACUCUAAACCAAAUAAUUUUACACGUAAUAAUUAUCCGUAA